CUGGGAUCCGAAAUGCCAAGAUUGUUGCGGAGGAGCGUGGCGACAACGGCCGCCAAGAAUGCCGCAGUUCGUGUGUUUGCACCGCACUGGGGAAGUGCACAUCUCCCCCAAGGUGACUUUAUCGCGCAGGUGGCAAACGCUGGCUUCGACGGGAUUGAGAUGUCAUUGCCAUUGGAUCCUCGCGAGCGAAACCAGUGGACUCGACGAAUUCGCGAUGCUGGAUUAGAGCUCAUUGCCCAGCAGUGGGAGACAGCGAUGGUGUCCAACUUCCACGAACACAAGGCGGCCUUGGAAUCGUAUCUACGCAAUGCAGCGGCAGCGUCUCCGCUGUUCAUCAACACCCACACGGGCAAAGACUUUUACACGUUUCACCAAAACUGCCAGCUCUUGGAGCUUUCGAUGCAGAUCUCCAACGACACUGGGAUCCGCAUUGUGCACGAGAUUCACCGAAGUCGCUUCAAUGGCCACCCGAUGCUCCUGCUGCCAUACUUGGAAAAAUUCCCCGACCUCGAACUCAAUGCUGAUCUUUCUCACUGGUGUGUGGCAUGUGAAUCAUUGCUGGAGGAUCAACAAGAGAUGCUCGAGAGCGUCGUGUUCCCCCGUGUCCGUCACAUCCAUGCGCGCGUGGGCCAUGCUGAAGGCCCGCAAGUGACCGAUUUCCGCGCACCCGAACACAAGGAAGCGUAUGAGCGGCAUCUUGCUUGGUGGGACGCCAUUAUUCAUUCGGGCAAUACGACCACAAUCACACCUGAAUUCGGCCCGGCACCUUACACGCCCACUCUGCCUUACACGAACCAGGUCGUGAGCGACCCUUGGAAACUAAACGUUGCUAUGCGAGACAUUCUCAAGCUGCGUUAUGAAGAGCUUCAACCAUAUUUGUGAUACUUUGUGGGGUCGCCGUGGAGAACGAACAUUUGGAGAGCUGGCACUCGGCCCAAACAACUUACCAAUGCAUGCUAUCCUAUGGUGAAAGGGUUUGCGCCAUGUCGGCGAA